GAAAUUUUUUUAUGAAAGAGAAGAAACGGUUAAGCAAGAGAACGACUACAAAGACUAGAGAAAACUUAAGAAAAAAGGCAGCAAGUGCAGACAAGGUGCAGAGGCGAAGGGAAAGAAAACAAGAGAAAAGAGAAACAACUGGGGCAUUCAACGCAGUAAAGACGGAAGAGGAUAAAAUGACCCUUAGGCAGAUAAGAGAGAAUGCAGAAAUUAGACUAAAGUUGUAUAACGAGGCGCAGAAGAACGGCUUAAAGCAAGACACUCAAGAUGAUAUUUCAAGAAGAUACAUUAAGGAAAUAUACAAGGUGGUAGCAGAAUCUGAUGUUAUUCUUCAAGUUCUUGACGCAAGAGACCCAAUAGGAAGCAGAGCCCCCGAGGUAGAAAAAAUAGUCCACUCGCAGGAGAAGAAGCUAGUAUAUAUUCUAAAUAAAAUUGAUCUAGUAGACAGAGAAAAUUGGGGCAGCUGGCUAGCAUACUUAAGAAACUAUGCGCCAACUGUUCCAUUCAAAGCGUCUACACAGUCGCAGCGCACUAAGCUCGGACACACAGAAAAAACAGAGCUUAAGGCAGAGGCAUUUGGGGUGAAAGAUCUAAUGAACCUACUAAACAACUACUGCAGAUCAGGUGGCUCAGUAACAGUAGGGAUUGUUGGAUGCCCAAAUGUAGGAAAAAGCAGUCUUAUAAACUCACUAAAGAGAGAAAAGUCAUGUGAAGUAAAAAACACUCCAGGAGUAACAAAAAUAUUGCAACAAAUUGUCCUGAAUGGGUCAAUUCGGCUGAUAGACUCUCCGGGGGUCAUCUACAACAAGUGUAAUCCAGUAAGUGCAGCGCUCAGAGCAAGCACCUCUGAAGUAAAUUUAGAAGAAGUUGUUUCUUUUAUAUUUAACAGAGUCGGCAGAAAAGAGCUAGCUAUACUCUACGGAAUAGCAGAGCCACAGACAGAAGACGAGCUUCUUAUAUCACUUGCUGUGAAGUGGGGAAGACUUACAAGCGGAGGAAUUCCAGACAAAAGAACUGCUGGAUUCAUGAUUCUAAGGGAUUUACAGAUAGGAAGAAUUCGCUUCUCAACAAAAGUGCCAAUAGAGUGUGCUGAGCUACCAAGUGCCAGUGAUGAACUGAUAAAUCUAAAUAUAAAUCAGAGUAAAUUCGGGCAGUACAAGAAAGAAGAAAACAGUCUUUUGGACUCCACAGAAAACAUAGAGAAUAUGUAUGAGGCAAUGCCAGAUCUUUAAUAAAUAUUAAAUUACU